GGGCGAAAGCGGAAACGUCUGCCGGCAGGGGCGGGGCCGACCCGGGCUGCAGCUGUGCUGGGCGCGGGGCGCCGGGCGUGGUUGGUCCUGCAGGAUGCUUGGCAGAUCGGGGUACCGGGCGUUGCCCUUGGGGGAUUUUGACCGCUUCCAGCAGUCGAGUUUCGGCUUUCUGGGCUCGCAGAAGGGCUGCGUGUCCCCGGUGCGGGGCGCCGUGGGGCCAGGGGCCGAUGUACCUCAGAGCUGGCCCUCCUGCCUCUGCCAUGGCAUCAUCAGUUUCCUGGGCUUCUUGCUGCUGCUGGUCACCUUCCCCGUUUCUGGCUGGUUUGCCUUAAAGAUCGUACCCACCUAUGAAAGGAUGAUUGUGUUCCGGCUGGGCCACAUCCGUACCCCGCAGGGUCCUGGCAUGGUGCUGCUUCUGCCCUUUAUCGACUCCUUCCAGAGAGUGGAUCUGAGGACACGAGCUUUCAAUGUUCCUCCCUGCAAGCUGACCUCAAAGGAUGGGGCUGUGCUCUCUGUGGGGGCUGAUGUCCAGUUCCGCAUCUGGGACCCAGUGUUGUCGGUGAUGACCAUCAAGGACCUCAAUACAGCCACACGCAUGACAGCCCAGAACGCCAUGACUAAGGCUCUGUUGAAGCGGCCCUUGCGGGAAAUCCAGAUGGAGAAGCUCAAGAUCAGCGACCAGCUCCUGCUGGAGAUCAACGAUGUGACCAGAACCUGGGGUCUGGAGGUGGACCGUGUAGAGCUGGCGGUGGAGGCAGUGCUACAGCCGCCCCCAGAUGGGCCAGCAGGGCCUACCCUGGAUAGCACCCUCCAGCAACUGGCCCUCCACUUCCUUGGGGGAAGCCUGUCCUCAGGGGGAGCAGGCACCCCACCUCCAGGGCCAGACACCUUAGAGCUGGUAAGUGAAGUCGAGCCAGCGGCCCAACCCACAGGUGCUGGGCCCAGCCCCAAGCAGCCGGUGGCUGAAGGGCUGCUGUCUGCUCUGCGACCCUUCCUGUCGGAGGCACUGGUCAGCCAGGUUGGCGCCUGCUACCAGUUCAACGUCACCCUGCCCAGCGGUUCCCAGAGCAUCUAUUUCCUGGACCUCACCACAGGGCAGGGGCGGGUGGGGCUGGGAGUACCUGACUGCGUCCCCGAUGUGGUGGUGGAGAUAACCGAGGCAGACCUGCAGGCCUUGCUGUGCCAGGAGCUACGGCCCUUGGGUGCCUACAUGAGUGGACGGCUGAAGGUGAAGGGUGACCUGGCUGUGGCCAUGAAGCUGGAGGCUGUACUCAGGGCUCUGAAGUAGCCCCUCACCAAGCAUCAAGCCAGAGGGGCUACGGUCCUGGAAGAGG